AUGAGGUUAAAACCGACAAUACAGCUGUCCUUAGCGACUGUGCUUUCACUGAGCGCAUCCGUUGCAUCAGCUCGCGGCAACUACUCGCAAUCCGAGGCACUACCUCCGCUCUUCUCGGCCUUCGAUGAACGGCCUCCUGGCUGUCCUCCGUGCUUCAACUGCCAACUCGAUGCUUUUCAGUGCGCACAAUUUGCUCCAUGCAAUAAUUUUACCGGAAAGUGCAUAUGUCCGCCCGGUUUUGGUGGAGAUGACUGCUCGGAGCCUGUGUGUGGUUCUCUCGCGGACGGAGGUAAUCGAGCGCCGCGAUCGGAUGGGACCUGCGACUGCAAAGACGGCUGGAGUGGCAUCAACUGCAAUGUAUGCGAGACCGACAAUGCGUGCAACGCAAUGAUGCCCGAAGGGGAAGGAGGUGUCUGUUACAAACAAGGUGUCACGGUGAAGGAGAACUUCCAGAUGUGUGAUGUGACGAAUCGCAAGAUCUUGGAUCAGUUGCAAGGUCGCAAACCCCAGGUCACGUUCUCCUGCGAAGCGGAGGAUCACACUUGCAACUUUCAAUUCUGGGUUGACCAGAAGGAGUCGUUCUACUGCGCAUUGGAUACUUGUGAGUGGGACUUGAAAACCGAUUACAACCGCAACAAGUCGUCGUACAACUGUGAGAAUAUCAACUGCAAAUGUAUCCCUGGUCGGAUGCUAUGUGGGGAGGAGGGUUCGAUCGAUAUUGGCGAGUUUCUCGCCCAGGAGAUCAAAGGCCCGGCAUCCUUUCGCACUGUCAUUACCGAAGGUGGCAGCCCCGAAGACGGCAGCAAGUUCCAGGAGCCCGCGAUGGACGAUCUAAUCAAGAGUGUCUUUGGCGAUCCCAGCAUUUUCCUGAGCUGUGAUUCUGGCGAGUGUUUAUACCAUACGGAUGUCCCUGGAUACGUGCGGCCAAUCAAGCAAAUCAACACCCCCCUCAUCGCUGGUGUAAUCGCUGGCUGUGCUCUCUUUGUGGUUGCCGUUAUUCUGAUCGUGUGGUAUCUUUCUCGCAGGUCCUACCGUGGACGGAUCUACCUCCCUCUUUCGGACGAGUCGGACGAUGAGGCCUCUAGGCUUCUCGCGGAUUACAAGCCCGCCGCUCUGUACUGGGACAAUGUGUCUUAUUACUUGAAUGGGAAGGAGAUUCUUACAAAUAUCCAGGGUGCUGCACACCCAGGUGAGAUUACUGCCAUCAUGGGAGCGUCCGGCGCUGGAAAGACCACCUUCCUUGACAUCUUGGCUCGCAAAAACAAACGGGGUGCAGUGCGUGGCGAAUUUUAUGUCAACGGAGAGAAACUGAGUGACAACGACUUCAAGGGCAUGAUCGGCUUUGUUGACCAAGAGGAUACCAUGCUGCCAACCCUGACCGUGCACGAGACUAUUUUAACCAGCGCAUUGCUGAGACUUCCUCGAGACAUGAGCCGAGCGGCCAAGGAGCAGCGCGUGUUUGAAGUAGAAAAGCAGCUUGGAAUCCAUCAUAUCAAAGACCAGUUGAUCGGCUCCGAGGAGGGCAGAGGCCGCGGCAUUUCCGGGGGAGAGAAGCGCCGAGUUGGAAUUGCUUGCGAGCUUGUCACCAGUCCCAGCAUCCUGUUCUUGGAUGAGCCGACGAGCGGAUUGGACGCCUACAAUGCAUUCAACGUUGUCGAAUGCCUCGUCACUUUGGCUAAAACCUACAACCGCACCGUUAUUUUUACCAUUCAUCAACCUCGGUCUAACAUUGUGGCACUCUUCGAUCGCCUUGUCCUCCUGGCUCAAGGUCAAACCGUCUACUCCGGCCCAUUCACGACAUGCCAACAGUAUUUCGAUAAUUCCGGCUACUCGUGCCCCCCAGGCUUCAACAUUGCCGAUUACCUUGUCGAUCUCACCAUGCAUGCAAGCGUCACCCGUUCGCAUGAGGAUGGGGAGCAGUCACCUUUGUUGGAUGUGCAUCCUCCCAAGACCGCUUCGAGCAGUCUGAGGGCUGUCAAAUCAGUCGCCAGUGCCUCAAAUGCCAGCUUCGAAGAUAGUUCGAGCAAUGCCAUCGAAUCAAACCGACGGCCGAAGGGCAAACGGCGGAUUUCUGUGAAGCAGCGACAGGAUAAGCAGUUAUACUCUCGUAAGAAGGACCUUGAGACCCCUCCCACACCCAAGACCGACGAAGAAGACGGUGAUGAGGUGUCAGCCAAUACUCAACAGUGGCUUCGUCUUUCCCGGCAGCAAGGCAAUGUGCCCCCUCAGAUUCUGGACGAUCCAGACCAGCUUCCACCAGCUGCGCCUGGCCCAACCGAUCUUGACAUGUUGGUGGCCAACUAUGCGUCUUCAGAUGUCGCUCGCUCCGUCCACGAUGAAAUUGUUGCCGCUGUCCAGGGUGCGCACGCCGCGAACGGCUCGACCAACGCAGAAAUCCUGUCAGGCGCUGCCACGGGACACGCAAAGAGCUAUCCGAGAGUCAGCCUGUUCCGCCAGUUUGUCAUUUUGUCGCAGCGGACCUGGCGUAAUCUCUACCGGAACCCAAUGCUGAUGCUUACUCACUAUGCCAUCUCGAUCCUCUUGGCCGUGCUCUGUGGAUACUUGUUCUACGGCUUGACGGAUGACAUCAAAGGUUUCCAAAACCGCCUGGGUCUCUUCUUCUUUAUCUUGGCUCUGUUUGGAUUCAGUACUCUGACCAGUCUCACGGUUUUCUCGACGGAACGGCUUCUGUUCGUGCGGGAGCGAGCCAACGGCUAUUACCAUCCCAUCACCUACUUUGCGGCCAAGGUCGUGUUCGACGUCGUACCUCUGCGAUUGCUCCCUCCGAUUAUCAUGGGUAUUAUCGUGUACCCCAUGACGGGUCUGAUUCCAGCGUGGGGGGAAUUCUUCCGCUUCAUCCUGGUGCUUGUGCUCUUCAACUUGGCUGCGGCCAACAUCUGCCUCUUCAUUGGUAUUGUCUUCCGGGACGGCGGGGUGGCCAACUUAAUUGGAAGUCUGGUGAUGCUCUUCAGCUUAUUGUUCGCUGGGUUGUUACUGAACCAUGAUGCGAUUCCCAAGUCCGCGCUGUGGCUGCAAACGUUGUCGAUCUUCCAUUACGGCUUCGAGGCGCUGAUUGUCAACGAAGUGACUUAUCUGACGCUGAUUGACCACAAGUAUGGCCUGGACAUUGAGGUCCCGGGCGCCUCGAUCCUCAGCGCCUUUGGCUUUGACACUCUGGCUUUCUGGUCCGAUGUCAUUGGCUUGGCUGUUAUUUCAGGAGCCUUCAUUGUGAUUGCGUAUGCAGCAAUGCAUUUCUUGCUUGUUGAGAAGCGAUGA